UCGCCCGCCUGUGCCCUCCGCGGGGGGGCGCGGCCUGGGCGCUGCGGCGCCGGUGACCUGUCCUCCGGGGGCUGCUGGCCAAGGGUGCCCGCCGACGAACAUGGCGAAGGUAGAGCAGGUCUUGAGCCUCGAGCCGCAGCACGAGCUCAAAUUCCGAGGGCCCUUCACCGAUGUCGUCACCACCAACCUGAAGCUGGGCAACCCGACAGAUCGGAACGUGUGCUUCAAAGUGAAGACCACGGCCCCUCGCAGGUACUGCGUGCGGCCCAACAGCGGGGUCAUUGAUGCAGGGGCCUCCAUCAACGUGUCUGUGAUGUUACAGCCUUUCGAUUAUGAUCCCAAUGAGAAAAGUAAGCACAAGUUUAUGGUUCAGUCUAUGUUUGCGCCAACUGACACUUCUGACAUGGAAGCAGUAUGGAAGGAGGCAAAACCGGAAGACCUUAUGGAUUCAAAACUUAGAUGUGUGUUUGAAUUGCCGGCAGAAAAUGAUAAACCACAUGAUGUAGAAAUAAAUAAAAUUAUACCCGCUACUGCGUCAAAGACAGAGACUCCGACAGUGUCUAAGUCGCUGCCUUCUGCUCUGGACGACACGGAAGUGAAGAAGGUGAUGGAAGAGUGUAAGAGGCUGCAGGGCCAAGUGCAGAGGCUGCAGGAAGAGAACAAGCAGCUCAGAGUCACCAAGGAAGAAGACGGGCUCCGCCUGAGGAAGACGGUGCCAAGCCACAGCCCAAUUUCAGCCUUGGCCGCAGCCGGGAAGGAGGAAGGCCUGAGCACCCGGCUCCUGGCACUGGUGGUCUUGUUCUUCAUCGUCGGUGUGAUUAUAGGGAAGAUUGCCUUGUAGGGGCAGCAUGCCAAGGGGGGCAGAUUGGAUUAACGGAUCCACCAUAUAAUGGGAUUGAAAUUUAUCAUAACCCUGUGUAAAAAGAAAUUAACGUAUGAUGACGUCUCACAGGUCUUGCCUUUAAAUUAUCCCUCCCCCACAUACGCAUACACACACGCACACGUGAGCACACACACAAGUAGAACACACUAAACUGUCUUUUAGAAAGUUGCAAACAUGUAGUAGAUGAUUGGGAGUCAGAUGAUCUUCAUUUACAGUGAGGGAAACCGUGACAAAUGCCACACUGUAAUGUCCUUGCACCUGCUGCUAGGCCUUGCUCUGUGUCGCUGGAUUACCGCCCUGACGACUCUGUUUCUUGCCCGCUGGUGCCUGCCGCCCUCUCCUCCCCCGCCCAGGGGCUGGAGUCCCGCAGCCGGAGUGCGGCCCUCUGCGCCUGGGAGAGCUCCCC